GUGGAAAUGUCUCCCUUAAAUGACACCGAAUUCCACCCCUCCUAUUUCCUCCUGCUCGGGAUCCCAGGCCUUGAAGGGAUUCAUAUUUGGAUUGGUUUUCCUUUCUGCACUGUGUAUUUAGUUGCCCUUGUGGGUAAUAUUACUAUCUUGCUUGUGAUUAAGACUGAACACAGUCUUCAUCAGCCCAUGUUUUACUUCUUGGCUAUGCUAGCCUUCAUUGAUCUGGGCCUGUCCACAUCCACUAUUCCCAAGAUGUUGGGCAUAUUUUGGUUUAAAUUCAGAGAGAUUAGCUUUGGGGGCUGUGUGACCCAAAUGUUCUGUAUUCAUAUGAGCAGUUCUAUGGAGACUCUUUUGUUGGUCUUCAUGGCAUUUGACCGCUACAUUGCCAUCUGCCACCCUCUGCGGUAUAGCCAAAUUCUCACUAAUAGAACUAUCAUUCUCCUUGUUUUAAUGACAAUUGGUGUGAAUUUAAUUUUGAUUUUCCCUCUGGUGCUUCUCAUCCUGAGGCUUCCCUUCUGUGGACAUCAUAUAAUCCCCCACACAUAUUGUGAACACAUGGGAAUUGCUCGGCUGGCCUGUGGCAGUGUAAAGGUAAACAUGAUAUUUGGAUUAUUUCUUGUAUCAAUCAUGCUUUUCACUGUGGUUCUGAUUUUUACCUCCUAUGUGAGCAUACUCCGAGCAGUCUUCUGCCUUCCUUCUCGGGAUGCCAGACUCAAGGCACUUAAUACGUGUGGCUCCCACAUCUGUGUCAUCCUGGUCUUCUUCACGCCAGCUCUUUUCUCCUACCUGACCCACCGGUUUGGCAAGAAUGUUCCCGUAUACAUCCACAUUCUCCUGGCCAAUCUAUAUGUUGUUGUUCCACCUGCCCUAAAUCCUGUCAUCUAUGGAGUGAGGACUAAGCAGAUCCGGGAGCUGGUUUCAAGCAUCUUUUUGCCAAAAAAAAGCUGA